AGAAAUCAGGUCGAAUUUCUAGUUUAAACAUUGGGUUUAACACAUACGCUCUCGUGAAAAAAUUGCCAUAGAACACAGUACCAUGGGCGAUUCGAAGCUUCCUCCCAGCUACGCAGAAGUGAUGGCCGAGAGCACCCAACAAAUGGGGCAAGAUACAUCGGCGGCAGUGAUAACGGUGGCCCCGUCGGCUCCUUAUCCGCAGCAACAGUACUAUCCAUACCCCAAUGUACCACCUCCGUCUCAAACGACUCCAAACUAUGGCUCCAUGGAUUCAGCGGGUGCGAAAGUACCACUUCCGAUUGUGGUUCCACCCGGUGGUCCCUCUGCUCCGGGAGCGUUCCCAGGGACUACGACAACGACUGUGGUCAUUCCGCAGGAGAUAAUAGUGGUCGGUGGAUGCCCGGCAUGUCGGAUCGGAAUGCUGGAAGAUGACUAUACUUGCUGCGGCAUUUGCUGCGCAAUAUUCUGCUUCCCGGUUGGAAUCCUAUGCUGUUUGGCUAUGAAAAAUCGUCGUUGCACCAACUGCGGGGCUCAGUUCUAGGCUGUCCCGGGGGGUGAUUUUUGCAAAGUGAUCUGAAUGUGUUACCAAACGGAACGGAAUAGGAUGAUUUCGCUAGCUGUUGACCCUUACGAAGUUUACGACUAUAACAUAAGGUACGUAGGUAUCUAUUCGAGGAAAGAUGGGCAAGUUUAUAGGCAAGAUAUAAUACACAUCCUACUGUAUGUAUAUGAAUAACGUGCAUUGAAUAAUAUAAAGUAUUUUUUAUA